AUGGCUAAGAUCUCCGUCAAAGAAUGGGAUAUGGCUAAGACACUCAAUGAAUUCAGGAUCCAAGUAGAAUCUCAAGAUACAAAAGCAUAUCUUAGUGCACAGAAGGUGAUGCCUAAGUUGAUGAAUGAGAUCAUGGAGGCCCAGAAGGACGAUCAAGAGGUAGCCUGUGUCAAGGGACGUCAGGAAUCAGGAGACCCCAUGCUCAAUUGGGUAAUUCACCCUGAUGGGAGUUUAAGAUACCAGGGUAGACUGUUUGUACCAAGUGACGAGCUGCUUAGAGAAAAGGUACUUAAGGAAAGUCAUCAUUCUGCAUUUGCGGCAGAGCAUCUGAAACCAGAGGGAAUGUUGCAACCUCUAUCAAUAGCCGAAUGGAACUGGGAGUUUGUGAUGAUGGAUUUUGUGACAGGGUUACCUAAGUCACCUAAAGGACGCGAUGCUAUUUGGGUAAUAGUGGAUCACCUCACCAAGUCAACACAUUUCUUACCCUAUAAGAUGACCGACACUUUAGAGUCUAUGUGUAGGCUUUACAUCGAGGAGAUCAUUCGGUUACAUGGAAUUCCGGUGUCUAUUGUGUCAGAUCGUGAUCCACGGUUCACCUCUCGAUUUUGGGGAAGCCUGUAG